GUCAGACGGGCUGUGACCGUUGUGAGGCUCGCGUGCUGCAGUUUAACUUUAAAGUCUACCUGACAGAGGAUCCACGGUGAACCGACAACAUGUCCCACACCGUCAUCACCACGACCACCACGACCCGGACCCACGGGGACCGGCUCCUGGACCUGGGCUACACCAGGACCAUCCCGGGACUGCUGAAGAUCGGACAGAUGGUGGCUCUGCUCGUGGCGUUCCUGUGCGUCCGCUGUGCUCGGGGUUGGCCCAGCUGGGCGGCCUUCCAGUACUUUGAGGUGGUGUCUCUUUGGUUCCUCAUAGCCCUCCUCGUCUUCUUCCUCAUGCAUGUGUUCAGGCUGCAGGAGAAGAUGCCGUGCAUCAACUGGCCUCUAACGGAGUUCUUUCAUUACUCCGUCGGGUCGGUCCUCGUCCUGAUUGCCGCCAUUGUUGCAGCUGUGAAGAGUGCAGGAGUUUCAGCACUGGUGGUGGCUUCGGUAUUUGGGUUCAUCGCCACGUUUCUGAUGGCUGUUAGUUUGUGGUCCACCUACAGUGUCACCUGUGGCGUCCAUCAGACAGGUGCAGCAGUGUAGUGAUCUCCGCUCCAUGAAGGAAUCCAACGGCUGUGUGGGCAGUUUCCUGGAGUCCUGGAGUCCUGGAUGCCUGGAGUCCCGGGGGAUCCUGGAGUCCUGGAGUCCUGGAUGCCUGGAGUCCUGGAGUCCUGGAGUCCUGGAGUCCUGGAUGCCUGGGGUCCUGGAUGACUGGAGUCCUGGAGUAUUUUCUGCCUAGCAACAACCUGGAUCUUCAAAUGUGAUUGGAUUAGAAUUCGUAGAGCUGCAGAGGUGAUAGAAACACUGAUCCAGGACCCACAUCAACAUCCCCGAUCAUCACGGUAAAUCCGGAGAGGACUGUAGUUCCAGUGUUACUCAGAUACCCAGAAUUCAUUUUGUUCUCUGUCAUCUCAAGGUGCUUGGUGUCAGAAUUUAACCAUCCAUGUAACAUGUCUGGUAAAAUCAGAAUCUGAGUGACACCGAGAUGACAACAGUCACUCACAUGGUAUUACUGUAAUGACUACAUUUCCCACAAUCCCUGCUGCUCCCGCUCUGAC